AUGCCUAUCAUGGAGAUACACCCCGGGAGCGAGGUAUCUGGCGGUUCGACAUCGCCAGGAAUACCGAGACUCUGCACCGGCUGCGGUAACCCCAUCUGCGACAGAUACUUCCUCUGCGUUGGUGAAAUGUAUUGGCACGUAGGGUGUCUCCAGUGUGCUCACUGCAAAACGACGCUCGAGCAACAUGCGUCGUGUUUUCUGCGAUCGGGCCGCAUCUAUUGCAAGAACGACUACUUCAGAUUGUUCUCCCUGAGACCGUGCUCUCGAUGUAAUAUAGGCAUCUUUUCCACGGAGCUGGUGAUGCGCGUACGAGACUACGUCUACCAUACGCACUGCUUCACUUGUGCUUGGUGCAAUAUCCCGCUCUCACGAGGAGAUACCUUCGGAGUUCGCGAUCAACUCGUAUACUGCAGCCUCCACUACGGGGCGAUCUCCGCCGAAGGCGACUUGACAACUUCGCUGGGUCCCGCGACGGAGUUCGAGGAUAUCCACGAAACUCCCAUCUCGCCCCAACAAUAUUCGCCGAAUCAGUCUCCGCUGCAGCAGCAACAGCAGCAACAACCGGCGAAGAAAGGGAGACCCCGAAAACGCAAGAUUGAGUCAGAGCACGAACUGCAAACCCUUCAAGGGCAAAUGGAGUGCCAGGUGUCUCCCGGAGGAGCAUUGAGCCCCCUGUCCAGUCUUGGAGACAAACUCCAACUGUCUGGACAGCAACGCACGAAGCGUAUGAGGACCUCGUUCAAGCAUCAUCAACUCCGGACGAUGAAAACUUACUUUGGUAUCAACCAAAACCCAGACGCCAAAGACCUCAAGCAAUUGGCGCAAAAGACAGGCCUUUCCAAAAGGGUUCUGCAGGUGUGGUUUCAGAACGCGCGCGCGAAAUGGCGACGAAACAAUCUCCGGAAUCACGAUCCGGUUGCACCAAUGGUGACUGACUCUCCGUCUCCAGUCUCAACAUCCAAUCCAUUGGACUUUGCACAGCAACAAGCACUUGAGGUCACCGUUGAAACCACUUUUCAGGAGCUUUUCUGA